GAUAGGUGCUGGAUUUCCUUGGACGUUGCCGUCAACAUGUCUUCAACGGAGACAAAUAAUGGCCCAAGCCAGGCGGCCCCUUAUGCAGCUGUCCCCCCUGCAGCCAUACCGCCUCCAUAUAUGGGACCACCAGGAAUACCACCUCACUUCCCACCCAUGGGAAUACCCCCUAUGGGGCAGCGACCUAGCAUGACUCCAAUGCCACCUGGAAUAAUGCCACCAGGCAUAAUGCCACCAAUGGCUGCUCCACCAAUGGGGCAGAUGCCAAGCAUGAUACCGCCCAUGAUCCCGGGAAUGAUGCUGCCUCCUCGGAUUCCAGCUGCAACCAUGCAGCCGACGGGACCCCCUGGUGUUGACACCACAGUCCCUGCUGCAGCUGCACCUGGAACAACUAAUGCAACAAAUGGAUCCCCUGCAGAAGAACAGCCAAAGAAGAAAUCUGUGUGGACAGAACACAAAUCUUUAGAUGGGAAAACAUAUUAUUACAAUACAGAAACCAAACAGUCCACAUGGGAGAAACCGGAUGAACUGAAAUCUCCUGCAGAGCAAAUGCUGUCUAAAUGCCCCUGGAAGGAGUACAAGUCUGACACAGGGAAGCCUUAUUAUUACAACUCCCAGACAAAGGAGUCCAGAUGGACCAAACCCAAGGAGCUGGAGGAUCUGGAGGCUAUGAUCAAAGCAGAGGAGAGUGGAACAACAGAGAUUGCGGCUCCUGGAACGACUGCCACUCCUAUAGUGCAGGCCGACAAAAAUACAGCCGCCACGGCCACCGUAAAGGAGGUGGAAACUGCAGCGGCGGUCCCAGAGGAGCAGCAGUCCCAGGUGACCGCACAUCAAACAGCUGAGGUCAAGGCUGUGGAGGCACCUGUGACUUCCUCAGAGAGCGCUGUCAUUGCAGAGAGCAAACCCAGUGUCGAAGUCAAAGAAGAAGAACGACCUGAACUUCAGAAGAAAACCUACAAGUGGAACACAAAAGAAGAAGCCAAGCAGGCCUUCAAAGAGCUGCUGAAGGAGAAGGGGGUUUCCUCAAACUCCUCAUGGGAACAAGCCAUGAAGCUGAUUAUCAAUGAUCCUCGCUACAGCGCACUUCCCAAACUGAGCGAGAAGAAGCAGGCGUUUAAUGCCUACAAAGUCCAAACUGAGAAGGAGGAGAAGGAAGAGGCCAGGAUUAAAUACAAAGAGUCCAAAGAAAAGUUCCAGAGGUUCUUGGAGAAUCAUGACAAGAUGACGUCUACCACCAGAUACAAGAAAGCAGAGCAAAUGUUUAAUGAGCUGGAAGUGUGGAGCUGUGUUCCUGAGAGAGACAGACUGGAGAUCUACGAAGACGUGUUGUUCUACCUGGCGAAGAAAGAGAAGGAACAAGCCAAGCAGCUGAGGAAGAGGAACUGGGAAGCUCUGAAGAACAUUCUGGACAAUAUGGCUAAUGUGACAUAUCGCACCACCUGGUCCGAGGCCCAGCAGUAUCUGCUGGACAACCCCACGUUUGCUGAGGACGAAGAGCUGCAGAAUAUGGAUAAAGAGGACGCCCUCAUCUGUUUUGAGGAGCACAUACGAGCUCUGGAGAAGGAGGAGGAAGAAGACAAGCAGAAGACUCUCCUCAGGGAGCGGAGACGGCAGCGCAAGAACAGAGAGUCCUUCCAGAAAUUUCUGGAUGAGCUCCAUGAUCACGGCCAGCUUCACUCCAUGUCCUCCUGGAUGGAGAUGUACCCGACCCUGAGCUCUGACAUGCGCUUCAGCGGCAUGCUGGGCCAGCCUGGUUCCACUCCUUUGGACCUCUUCAAAUUCUACGUGGAAGACCUGAAGGCCCGUUACCACGAUGAAAAACGAAUCAUCAAAGAUAUCCUCAAGGAUAAAGGCUUCCUGGUGGAAGUGAACACCAGCUUUGAUGACUUUGGAUCUGUUAUCAGCUCAGACAAGAGAGCCACUACUCUGGAUGCUGGGAACAUAAAGCUGGCCUUCAACAGCUUACUGGAGAAGGCUGAAGCCAGAGAGCGAGAGCGAGAGAAGGAGGAAGCCCGCAAGAUGAAGCGGAAAGAAGCAGCUUUCAAAACCAUGCUGAAGCAGGCCACACCGCCGCUGGAGCCAGAGGCCUCAUGGGAAGAAGUCAGAGAAAGAUUCCUGAAAGAAGCUGCCUUCGAAGACGUGACGCUGGAGUCAGAGAGGAAGAGGAUAUUCAAAGAUUUCAUGCAUGUCCUGGAGCAUGAAUGCCAGCAUCACCAUUCCAAGACAAAAAAGCAUUCAAAGAAGUCCAAGAAACACCACAGGAAGCGAUCACGCUCUCGAUCACCGUCAGAGUCAGAGGAGGAGGAGUACCACAAGAAGAAGAAGCGGUCCCAGUCCAAAUCUCCCUCUGAGCGCUCUUCUAGUGGAGAAUCUGAGCGAAGCUAUAAGAAAUCCAAGAAACACAAGAAGAAAGGCAAGAAGAGGCGUCACAAGUCUGCCUCACCGGACUCCGACGGCGAGAAGAAAGGAAGAGAGCGUGACGGGAAACGAGAGCGAGAUUCAGAGAAGGAUAAAGAGAACGACAAGACUCGGGGGAAAUCUCGCUCAGAGUCUAAACAGAAAUCUCCUAAAAGGAAAGCAGCCAAAGAGGAGGGUGGCUGGGACACAUCAGGCAGUGAGCUGAGUGAAGGAGAGCUGGAGAAGAGAAGAAGAACUUUACUGGAACAGCUGGAUGCACCUUGAAACUGUUCAUGUCGCUGUUUUCUGCUAUUUGAACACUUCAGCAAACGCGCAUUCCCCCCCGCAGGCUCACCUGACUGUGCAGGCUGCCCUUUGAAUGAGGAAACUAAUGGGAAUGCUCUACACUUUUAUUUUGUGACUUUGAUUUCAGGAAUCUUGCCACCUGAUCAGUCUGUGACUUGUUAGCUCUGAAUAUCUUCUUUAGGGGGCUGUAGUGUUUUUUCAUUGACAGUCAUUUUUAUGAUCUCAUUUCAAUAAAGGCGUAUCUUGAAGCCACGCAUACUGUUUUUUUCAAAAAGUUAGAUUUUACUUACAGUAAUUGUACACAGUUAUUCAUUGGUCAAGGUUCUGUUCUAUUAUUUUUAGUAAAUUCUAAUAAAAUAUGUCAAUUACCAAGGA